AGAAGUCAACUUUUUGCUUAACAAUUUGACUAGUUAACGUCAAUUUAAUUGUUGCUUAGCUAUUCUUUGCUCAUUCAAACUUUCCCUCUCUGAGAUUCUCUGUCUUAUUAUUUUAACCUGUUGCUCAUUGUUUGCAAGGAAACUACUUCUGCUUUAACAUGUCUAGUUUGCCAGAGAUACGCCACAAUCUGAAGCGGAUUUCACCAUAUACUGUUGAACUUGGCGAAGGGCCACAUUAUGAUGAGAAGACUGGUCGAUUGUAUCAUGUUGAUCUGGUUAAAGGUGGUUGCUAUUACCUUGACACGAAAACACUUGAAUAUGAAUCAAUUUACUUUGAGCCUGGUUUAACUUUGAUUGUGCCAAUAGAAGGAAAAGCCGGUCAGUUUGUCAUUUCCAAGAAUCGUUCCCUAUACACUUUAGAUUGGGCAAAAAAGAGUUGUGAUUUAAUUACAACAGUUGAUCAUGAUAAAGAUACUCGAGUUAACGAUGGUAAAUGUGAUCCUUCUGGUCGUCUCUGGUUUGGUACCAUGAACUGGGAACGUAAACCUGGUUGCUUUGCUCCUAAUCUUGGAAGUCUUUACUCUCUCAAUCACAAUAGACAAGUAUCUUUACAUCAAGACAAUGUUACAAUUGCAAAUGGUCUAGCUUGGUCAUCUUGUAAAACCAAAUUUUAUUUCAUCGAUUCAAUGGCACGUCAAGUUUGGGUUUACGAUUAUGAUGAUCAAUCUGGCAACAUAAGUAACCGUAAGACAGUUAUUGAUUACAAAGAUUGUAAUGGUUUAAGUUGCCGUGAAGUACCUGACGGUAUGACAAUUGAUUUACACGAUAAACUUUGGGUGACUUCCUUUAAUGGAAAGAAAGUUUCACGUAUUGACCCAGAAACAGGUAAAGUUUUAGGAAUCAUAACCACACCAGCUAGUAAAACAACCUCAGCCACUUGGGGAGGGCCUGAUUUCAGGACACUUUAUGUUACCUCAGCUACCUACGGAGCUUCCCAAGACGAGCUACAAGCUGAGCCUGACGCUGGAGCUAUUUUCAGCAUUACAUUUGAUCAAGAAAACAUUCGUGGUGGCAUUAAUCAAGCAGUUAAAUUUAACUAGUUGGGAUCAUAUCAGUCAAUCUCUCGACAUUUUCACUCCUAGGUUAUUCAAAUUAUUGAGUGUCUUUAGAUGAGGUCUUUAAACACUUCAACACUUACAAUUCUUAGUCUAAUUUUUUUAAAAAAAACCUUUAAUUUAUGUUAAAAAGCAUGUUUAGGUAUAAAUUACAUUGUAUCACCUAUUGACAAAUUAUUUUGCAAUUUUUAUUGAAUGAAUAUUCAUCCACCGAAAACUGAAUAAAAUUCAAUCUUAUUUAAACUCAA